UCACGCGAUCAACCCCAGGAAGAGGAACUGUCAAAACAGUAAAACAGCUCGAUCCCAAAGCCCACUCAUAUCGCCAUGGGAGGGUGUUUGGGUAGUAAUAGACACCGUGACCAUUCCUCCAGGGAAUCUUCAGAUGUUGCGGGAAUUUCUCUGGGCAGAAACCAGCCUCUCCGUCCAGAGAAGCCAAAGUGGAAGAGUGAUGUACCUUUGACAGAAGGCCAACUACGUAGCAAACGUGAUGAAUUUUGGGACACUGCACCCGCUUUUGAAGGCCGGAAGGAGAUCUGGGAUGCUUUAAAGGCUGCAGCAUAUGCUCUAGAAACAGGGGACCACGCCCUGGCUCAGGCCAUCAUUGAUGGUGCCAGCAUCACAUUGCCACAUGGUACACUGAUGGACUGUUAUGAUGAGUUGGGGAAUCGUUACCAACUGCCUGUGUAUGUGUUAGGUGCUCCGACAAAUCUUCUUGACGACACAAGUGAAAAUGAUCCGCCACAAGACAAUGACUCAAAAGACCCACCUGGGGCCGAAACUGUGAUAAAGUUACGGAUAUCUUUAACAAGCAAAGAUAUCAAGAUAAAGGUUCGGACUACAGAUACUAUGCUUAAAAUUAAAAAGAGACUGUUUGAAUUGGAAAAGAUUGAGCCGUCAAGACAACGGUUGUUUUAUUCCGGAAAAAUGUUGAAUGACAAACUGAAGAUUGAAGAUGUGAAAAUUCCCAAAGGCAAUGUUGUUCAAGUGAUAGUGACUCCGUUAGAGGGGGAGGAGAUUAGUUGAAGGUUGAUCAAUUAAUCCUGAGUGUGAUCUGUACACAGUGAUAUUUUCUGAACUCCAUGAAAACAAUCAUGUACAUACAUAGUACAUACCACCUCCGAAAUAAUUAUAUUAGCUUUGUAGGCUCGGAUAUUAUACUAGGUCAAGCAUCAUAAAUACACCAUAGUUAUACACCAUAGUUAAGAAGAUGAUCUGCAAUUAUAGUUAUAUUUAUAAUCUGGAAUGUAACAACAUUGACCUGUCCUUAGGUUUUAGAGCAAACUAUCUAGAAUGAUUUUAAUCUGGAUUGGAUAAAAAUCUGAUCUGUAAAAUAAGAAAAUGAAUGAUGAAUUUUGAGGUCACACAACUGAUGGCCUUCAUGUUAGCCUCAGUGGGGGAAAACUGUUACCUUGGGCAUUACUCAAAAACCAUUAAAGAUAUUCAAAUGACAUAUUUGUGUUUCCAGAGACAAUAAUCAGGGUUCGAAUUUAGACUCGCAUACUCGCAAAAUGCGAGCGACAUUUGCAAAUUGCGAGUGACUUUUAUUCAAGCUCGCAAAAUUCUGCGAGUGGCUUUUUCUAGACCACAAAGUAUUAAAAGGAAAGUAGAAUAAACAUGAACUUAACUCCGCUACGUAGUCGAGUGUAAACAGCCUAUAAAUGGCAUGUUUACACUACCAGUAUAAAGAAGACAGUACGGAGUCACGCUCUAGUAAGUUUUCAAAAAUAGAACAAAUAUGGAAAAGACCGAGUUUUAUCUAAUCUUUCCGGGAUGCUCCGAGGCAUGCAUAAAACAAAGUGAAUACAAAUGACGUAAUCACCUAGCUCAAUCAUUGGAUAAAUUUAGCUCUUUCGCGCACUAUAUGUAAACCCCAUCAACCUUUGUAUAUAUUUCCGCCUAACUGUCAAAGUAUAGACGCUACAUUUACUGUUGCUUUAUUUACUUUAAAUUUAUUAUGCUAUUGUUUUUAAUACUUAUAUUCUUAAUGAAAUGUGUAGCGUGCUUGCCGAAUCGGUAUUACCCGAUGGCAAGGGUAAAUAUACAAAGUGAACAAUGUCAAAUUAUUGGACAGCUUUGUUAUCAAAAAGUGGCCAGCAUCUGAUGAGUCUUUUUGUACCCCCCCCCCCCCCCCCCCCAAAAAAAAUUGAAUAAGCCAUCAACAAGUUCUAGUAGUCGAGUCACGUAAGAUUGAUACUGACAAUAUUAUAAGGGAAUAAAGCAAAUUAUAAAAUUGCAAGUUGAUUUUUCAUUUUGCGAGUUGCCUCAAAAAGCACUCACAAAAUUUUGCGAGUGCUCCUCAAAGUUAAAUUCGAACCCUGAAUAAUGCUCAUGUGUAUCUAAGUAUGUAACUCUGGAUUAAAUAAAUAUUGAGUAAUGCCCCUUUUUGACUGCUUAAACAUUGUGUUACCUUACAAAGCUCUUAUUAUUGUAGAAGGUAAUAAAUACUUCUCAUAUUUCUGGUCAUCCAUGCAAUCUCCGGAAAAUGGUUGUACAUGUACAUGUACCUUGUAUAUUAUGUAUGUAAAAUCAUCAUCUUCUACUGAGUUAUGUAUGUACAAUGUUUUUCAUACUUAUUAUGCCCCCCUUCGAAGAAGAGGGGUAUAUUGCUUUGCACAGGCAUGUCAGUCGGUCGGUUGGUUCGUCGGUAGUCCAAAGCUUGUCCGAGUGAUAACUCAACAAUUCCUGGAUGUAUGGUCAUCAAACUUCACAUGAAGGUUGGUCCUGACAAGUAGAUGACCCCUAUUGAUUUUGGGGGUCAUCGGGUCAAAGGUCAAGGUCACAGUGACCUUUAAUGGUAAAAUAAUUUUAAAGCUUGUCCGAGUGAUAACUCAACAAUGCCUGCACCCAUGGCCCUCAAACUAGACAUGGAGGUUGGGCCUGUCCAGUAGAUGACCCCUAUUGUUUUUGGGGGUCAUCAGGCCAAAGGUCAAGGUCACAGUGACCUUGAAUGGUAAAAGGUUGUCCGAGUGAUAACGUGACAAUGCCUGCACCCAUGGCCCUCAAACUUGACUUGGAGGUUGGGCCUGACCAGUAGCUGACCCCUAUUGUUUUUUGGGCUCAAUGGGUCAAAAGUCACAGUGACCUUGAAUGGUAAAAGGUUGUUCGAGUGAUUACUCAACAAUGCCUGCACCCAUGGCCCUCAAACUUGACUUGGAGGUUGGGCUUGACCAGUAGAUGACCCCUAUUGUUUUUGGGGGUCAUUGGGGCAAAUGUCAAGGUCACAGUGACCUUGAAUGGUAAAAGGUUGUCCGAUUGAUAACUCAACAAUGCCUGCACCCAUGGCCCUCAAACUUGACUUGGAGAAUUGGCCUGACCAGGAGAUGACCCCUAUGGUUUUUGGGGGUCAUCUGGCCAAAGGUCAAGGUCACAGUGACCUUGAUUGGUAAAUGGUUGUCCGAGUGAUAACUCGACAAUGCCUGCACCCAUGGCCCUCAAACUUGACAUGGAGGUUGGGCCUGACCAGUAGAUGACCCCUAUUGAUUUUAGGGGUCAAAGGUCAAGGUCACAGUGACCUUGAAGGCAAACUCGACAAUUCUUGGACCAAACUUGACAUAAAGGUUGGGCCUGCCCAGUAGAUGACCCCUAUCGACUUUGGGGGUCAUCAGGCCAAGGUCAAUGUCACAGUAACCUUUAACGCAAAAAAAGUUAACAAAUCUUCCCCCACUGAUAUUUCAACAAUGCCUGAACCUAUGAUCAUUAAACUUGACAUGGAUGUUAAGCCUGACCAGUAGAUCACCCUUAUUGAUUUUAGGAUUCAUAGAGCCAAAGGUCAAGGUCACAGUGAUCUUGAAUGGUAAAAGGUUGUCCGAGUGAUAACUCAACAAUGCCUAAACCCAUGGCCUUCAAACUUGACUUGGAGUUGCAUCUGACUUGUAGAUGACCCCUUAUGAUUUAAGGGGUCAUCGGGUCAAAGGUCAAGGUCACAGUGACCUUGAACGAAAAAAACUUGUCUUGUGAUAACUUGACAAUGCCUACACCCAUGGCCCUCAUACUUGACAUUUAGGUUUCUGGUGACCAGCUGAUGACUCUGGAUUUUGAGUUCAUAGAGUCAAAGGUCAUGACGGUCAUAACACACUUUAUCCUCACACUUUAAUGGUCAUAAUCUUAAAACUGCCUUAACGGCAACAAAUCAGCUGUCAUUUCGGUCCAUGCAUAUUUCAUUCAAUUGUCCAUAUAAUCCUGACAACAUGGCGCUCAGGGGGGGAGCAUAAUGUUUGACAAACAUCUCUUGUUAUUCCUAGGCGUUUCCCAGGCUGUACACAGAAGACCAAUAGAUUGGAGUGAUAUGUGCAAGCACAGUAACUACUACUUAUCUUAGAUAAGCUUUGUUCAUUUAAUGAAUUAAUGCAGUAUUAGAAGCAAACCCAACGGAGUUUUCAUCAGGAAUUGUUACUUGUUGGAAUCUAUAUGUAUACUUUUGUUACAAUUAAAGCUGCAGCUAGCAACCUUUUACUGUAAAUUGAUGUAAUUUAAUGAGGACUUUUUUUGUGAUUUUUGGUUUGUCCAUUUUAGCUAGAUUUAAAGUUGAUGAGCAUACAUGCCAUAUCCCCCGGCGGGGGGGAAAAUCCCCCGGAAUUUCGAUCCAUCCCCCGGUCUCCCGGCGGGAGAUAAAAAUCCCCCGGAAUUUAAAAAAAAAUUUUUUUUUUUUUUUUUUUUUUGAAAUUUUACAUCAGGCAAUAAUGACAAAGUGAAAUCACAGUAUGUGAGUGAAACUCUCCAAAAGGAAACUUUUACAACAAGUGAUCAAUUAAUUUGUAGUAAUUAUCAAAGGCAAAGAAAUAUUACUCUUUUGGAAGGAAGAAAUUAAUAAUAUUUAUUCUAUUCCCUUAUUGUCUGAUAGUCAUCAAAGCUGAUAGAAUUAAGCACAAGUUUUUUAAAGACUUUGGAGGAAGGUAAAUUUCAUUCAAUUGUCUCGAAAACAUAUUUUUCCAAUGACAUAUUUUGUUCUGCAAGUGCAUUACAGUAUGACAUGACAGUGUAUCAUAAAAAUAUGAUAAAUCAUGACAUAAAAUAAGUCUGUAUAAUGAAAAAGUUCAGAGGUUUUCAAAGCAAACUAUAUGUGAAAACAUUUUUUCAUACUUGCGUCUAAAAAUACUUCCAGUUCAAUAUGUACUGGUAUAGACUUCAUCCAUGGGCACGAAUUUAGCACUCACAAUCUCGCAAAAUACGUGUGAAAAUUGGAUAAUGCCAGUUGAGGUUUAAAGUACUUGCAAAAUUUUACUAGAGCAAAAUCUUGGAGAAAUACCGACUUAAUUUGCCUAAUUUCUUUUUCACGUAAACACACAUAACAUGAUGUAUACACAAUCGUGGUUAGCUAAGCUCACAUUCUGGACUGGUAAUUCAUGUUUAGAUUUAAGGCAGGUAUUUGGCUAAAAUCGUAUCAAUUUUGAGUCUGUCUAUCAUCAUGACAAGCAAAAAUAUCAAUUUUUUUACACAUGGAUAUUUUAAAUCGACGAUGGUUUAUGGUUCAAGGGAUGAACUAAAAAAUUGUGAAUGAAUUUAAGAUUGUGCGUGUCAAAAUUUUCAGCACUCACAAAUUUGCCAGUACAAUUUUGUUUCUAAUUCAAGCCCUCAUUUCAUUUAAUUCAAGCCCUCAUUUCAUUUAAUUCAAGCCCUCAUUUCAUUUAAUUCAAGCCCUCAUUUCAUUAAUCUUAAUUUAGUUAUGUAUCAUAAAGUAUGACAAAAUUAUACAGAAAUGAUCACAGAUAUUCACUUGCAUAUAUUCAUCUGCUUGAGGUUGUUACCAUUUACAAUAUGCAUUGAUCACUAGAAUAUUGUUUUUGAAGGUAUAAACAGAGAUUCACAGUUUAAAUUGUUGCAUUUCAUCAUUGUUUCAAAUGUUCAUUACGCAUCAAUAUUCAAGAUACAUGUAGUAAUAUACAUUUACAUUCAGUUUGCUGUUUUACCAUAAGUUUUAGUUUAAACUUAAUUUAUUUUACAACAAUUGUGAAAACAAUAAUAUAAGCUUAUGCUUAGUCACUCUAGUAUGCACAAUGUUGCACAAGAUAUGUAUGGUCUUGUGUUGUGGGGGAGACUGGAGAACACAGAGAAAACCCACUUGUCUGGCUUAGUGACCACUGACCAAGCUCACAUGGUGCCAGGCUUCCAUUCUAACCCUGGUCAUCUUGGUGAGAUGGGAGUGGUCUAACCACUGCCCUUACCAGACAACCUUUCACCAUUAUACAGGGUCUACAAAGAGAAUCGUUUUUGAUGCAUAAUCCUGAUUGUUCCUUAAAUCCUGUCAAAGCACAAGAUGAACAUCUGUAGGGAAAUGUAAUUUCGCAGAAAAACAAUUAUUUCAUGCUCUAGUGCUCUGUCUGAAAUGGCAGAUGUACGGUAUUUGCUUGCAAGAGAAAUAACCCUGUCCUAAAUUUUAAGCAUGGCCUAUGGUUGUGUAUUAACAGGUACACGUACAUGAACAUUUGGGGCUGACAAAUUGUUUUGUAUGCAGCUUGAUCAAAUUUUCACCUGUUCUAAAAAUCUUUUGUAGCCUGUAUGCAUAAAAUUAGAAUUCUUCCUAGAAAUACAUGACAUGUAAUAAGCCAAAUUCUGUUUAUGCUUUCACAUGUUAUAGAUUUGUGAAGGUACUUGACAGAACAUUCAAUAAUUAUGAUACGAUACAAUUUUACACAUUCUUUAAGCGUAUCUAAGAACAAAGUUUGAAAUGGUUUUGUUUGUGUUUUUUGGUUUUUUUAAAUAUAAUGUGUAGACAGUUAUGAUGUUAAUGAUUAAGUUUUUGUAUUGCACUAGGAAUUUCAGGAUGAAUUGAAAGUCAGACUUUGUAUAAAUGAACAUUACCAUGAAUUUGUCAGACGUCCAAACAUCAUUUAUAGAUCGAUCUAAGCAUGAUUAAUGUUAAUGGCUUAUUCUACAUGUAGUAAACAUAGCUUUAUACUGAAAUGUGAGUGCAUAUUUAUGUGUGUGUGUUUGUGUGCAUGUGUGCGUGCGUGCGUGUGUGGACGCGUGCAUGAUAUCUGUGGGUGAUUUAUUCUUGCACAAGGUUUUAAAGUUUGUUGCAUUUGGAUUUUUUAUAUUUUGUUUUUCUUAAACUUAUAUAUAUUUUAUUUGACAAAAGAUGUGUUUCAUUCUUUCUUUUUUAUGAAAUUGUGAAUAUGACAUUGUGCAAUAAACGUUUUGAAAAUAGAAAUAAAAAAUAUUAAAACAUGAA